AUGCGAGCUAGAAAGUGCAUCUCCAGUUCACCGAGAAUUAUACAAGCGAUUCCGUCUGAAAAACGCACCACAGAGAAUGUGAUUGACAGCGGUCGAGAGCCGAUAAUGAAGACACUGGGAAUUUCGUGGAACAGUACUGAAAACGUAUUUACCGUUGCCGCUUCUCCAGUUUCCCCGGAACUUCAGACAACAAAGCGAAACGCCCUGCUUCGCUUGGUGAGCCUCACCAAGUCGCCGUAUCUCGGUCGUGUUGAGGUACUGUUCAAUGGUAUAUGGGGAACCGUUUGUGACGACUUUUGGGACUUACAGGACGCUGAUGUAGUUUGUCAUGAGCUUGGAUACGAUGGAGCUUUAUCAGCAACUGGUAAUGCAGCAUUGGGGCGAGGAACUGGUCCAAUAUGGCUGGAUAACGUGCAAUGUGUGGGAAAUGAGGCAUCGAUAUUGCAGUGCAAUCACAGGGGCUGGAGAGUUCAUGACUGUAGGCAUGAUAAGGACGCUGGUGUGGUGUGCCGACCUAAAGUUCGUUUGGUAAGCCUCAGCAAUUCGCGGUCUUCUGGUCGUGUUGAAGUGAUGUACAAUGGUACAUGGGGAACUAUUUGUGACGACUCUUGGGACUUACAGGACGCUGAUGUAGUUUGUCAUGAGCUUGGAUACGAUGGAGCUUUAUCAGCAUCUGGUAAUGCAGCAUUUGGGCGAGGAACUGGUCCAAUAUGGCUGGAUGACGUGCAAUGUGUGGGAAAUGAGACAUCAAUAUCACAGUGCAAUCACAAUGGAAGGGGAGUUCAUAACUAUGGGCAUCAUAAGGACGCUGGUUUGGUGUGCCGACCUAAAGGAAAAGCCUCUGCUCAAGUUGUUCCAAAGACACAUCUAACACUCACAAUGGGAGAAGUCCUCACAUUGACCUGCAAAGUCAACGAGAAAACCGUAAACAUAAUAUGGAAAAAAGAUGGAGAAUCAUUUAAGGAACGAGCAGUUAUAGAUACCCGACUAGAUAAGAGAAAGAGUAGAGUUGUUAUUACCAAGGUUGUGGAAGAUGACAGUGGUGAAUAUUCUUGUGAAGCAAGUAACAAGCUAGGAACUGUGGUUCGCUCUUCUGUGACAUUGGACAUAAAAGCAGCCCCAGCAGCUCCUUCCAGCAGUUCACUGGAGUGGUACUACAUCGGCGGACCUGUGGCUGCUGUCAUUUUCCUGCUGGCUCUAAAUGCAUACAUCAAAAAACGCCAUGCGACAGGUAAAAGGAACUUUAAGGAGGUGCCAUAG